GCAGAGGAACAGGGCGAGGCGCGCAAGACGCUUUCCGUAUGCGCCGCGAUGCCCAACCGCAGCCCCGCUCAUCUCAACUAUUGCGAAUUACGGUGAAAUCUGAGAAACUCGAAGAGGCGCCGGCGGUUCAAAAAAACAAACAAACAAAAAAAAAACAGACAGUCGUGAUGAAAAAAACGUAGCUGAGUCAAACCAAUGCUGAGACGGACAGAUGCCAAGGAGCAGAAGGACGAGCUGAAGGGAACUCAAAAGAAGAAACAAACUGGACCAAAAAAGAAAAAAAAAAAUAAUCCACGCGUCUGCGAAACAAGAGAAAUCCCGGUGAAUUCCUGCAUGCCAUUUAUCCUCUGAAGCGAUCCUAUAGAACGGAGAUAAUGCUAUGCUGCUUUGCUUAGUGCAUGGAGAUUGUUGUGGCUGUCCUUCCAAAAACAAAACAAGAAACGGGAUGGCUGCAAAUGUGCUUGAGCAUGUCUGGCACCUGUCGUGCCAAACUAACCGAACAAGACGCCGUUGAAUGUAUGGUCCCAGUGCAUGAACCUGGCUGGCUGCAUCAUUUUAAAAGUCAUGAAGACAACAUAAGUCCUUGUGAGCAAGUGGAGGAUUGCGUUUCCAUGGAAUGGGUUGUGAGCCUUUCGCAGGCAGAGGUGCCUGUGCCCGAUCCCGCAAGCGCAAAGAACUUUCACAUCCAGCCCGCUGUGGCCCCAUCCUGUCUGAAAGCUGCAGGCCCCAUCUUCCUCCACCAUGACGGUUGCCACCAGCGACCCUGCAGAUGAAGCAGCGACGCACUCAGGUCAGCCUCAUGACCAGUAUGACCCAGAGCCAGACCACGAGUGUUGCGAGAGAGUUGUCAUCAACAUUUCAGGCUUGCGCUUUGAGACUCAGCUGAAGACUCUAUCUCAGUUUCCUGAUACACUGCUGGGCGAUCCCAAGAAAAGGAUGAGAUAUUUUGAUCCCCUCCGGAAUGAGUACUUCUUUGACCGGAAUCGACCAAGUUUUGAUGCUAUUUUGUAUUACUACCAAUCUGGUGGGAGGCUUCGCCGGCCUGUCAAUGUGACUCUGGACAUAUUUUCUGAAGAAAUCCGAUUUUAUGAGUUGGGUGAGGAGGCUAUGGAAAUUUUCAGAGAAGAUGAAGGUUUUAUAAAGGAAGAGGAGAGACCACUACCAGAAAAUGAGUUUCAGAGACAAGUGUGGCUUCUGUUUGAGUACCCAGAGAGCUCGGGUCCAGCUCGAAUCAUUGCCAUCAUUUCCGUCAUGGUGAUUCUUAUAUCGAUUGUAAGCUUCUGCCUGGAAACACUGCCACUUUUCCGAAAUGAAGACGAGGAGAUGUACAAUUACCCACUGCAUUCCAUGUCCAACUCCACCUCUACAUAUGACCCCUCCACAUAUUUUACAGAUCCUUUCUUCAUUGUGGAGACCCUCUGUAUCAUCUGGUUUUCUUUUGAGUUCCUCGUUCGAUUUUUUGCCUGUCCAAGCAAAGCUGGAUUUUUUGGUAACAUUAUGAACAUCAUAGAUAUUGUGGCAAUCAUUCCAUACUUCAUCACCCUGGGCACAGAGCUUGCGGAAAGGCCUGAGGACAGCCAGGCUGGCCAGCAGGCCAUGUCCUUGGCCAUACUUCGUGUCAUCCGUCUAGUAAGGGUGUUUCGCAUCUUCAAACUCUCACGUCACUCUAAGGGUCUCCAGAUCUUAGGACAGACACUGAAGGCCAGUAUGCGUGAGCUGGGCCUCCUGAUCUUUUUCCUGUUUAUCGGUGUAAUUCUCUUCUCUAGCGCUGUCUACUUUGCAGAAGCAGACGAGCCACAUUCACAGUUUAGCAGCAUCCCUGAAGCAUUUUGGUGGGCAGUGGUUUCCAUGACCACUGUAGGCUAUGGAGACAUGGUACCGACCACUAUUGGAGGAAAGAUUGUGGGCUCUCUUUGUGCAAUUGCUGGUGUGCUGACUAUUGCCUUGCCUGUGCCUGUCAUUGUAUCAAAUUUUAACUAUUUCUACCACAGAGAGACAGAGGGUGAGGAACAAGCGCAGUAUCUGAAUAUCCCAAGUGUGCCUAAAGGUAGUUCUGCUGAUGAUCUGAAGAAGAGCGGUCGAAGUGGGAGUGGAUCCACCCUCAGUAAGUCUGAAUAUGUUGAGAUCCAGGAGCCUGUUAACCACAAUACUGAGGACUUCAGACCAGAGGGCAAAAAAACAGGAAACUGCACUCUGGCCAAUACUAAUUUUGUAAAUAUCACUAAAAUGCGUACAGAUGUAUAAUGCGACCUAUACAUCUGUAUGUAUGACAUUUGACCUUCCAGUGUUUGGAAGGUUAAACAUUGUUAGUAUUGCAGGGAGGUGAAUUCAUGCCUCCCUCUGCUCGUGAAUUACAGUACAAAGGAUAAGAACACAGAACAAGAUGAGAGCAAGAUGAACUCACACAAAAGGGUAGAUGGAGAAAACCGCAAGUUCUCCUAUCACACAGGAUAAACAGUGCACUUUCCAGAACUGCCAGACAUCUUGUUUAGGACAUUUUCAUGUCUGCAUGGAGUUAGUCUUAUACAGUAGAAAUAGUUUGUAACAGCGGUUGUCCUGCUUGCAUCAGUAGCCAACUAGUAGCCUAAUAAAUUAUAAUUCAUUAUUGCAACAUAAAUAGACCAGUAGUAUGUAUUAUAUGACUUCAACUGCUCCAGACAAAAAUGGACAGUCGAGAUCAUUUUAGAGUUAGCAUUUUUUAUGAAUUUGUAACCUAGCUUCUAAUGACAAAAGGUCUUCAUGGGCAACUUUAAUCUGCUCCUCAAACUGCCCAGGCCCCGAUUCAAAGAAAAACAUAAUCACAUUAUUCUGUCGGGGGAAUACUCAUCAGCGCAACAUAGAGAGUCUGAGACAGUCAUAAUGGUGUUUCAGUACAAGCAGAGACUUGCAUUUAGCAUUCAUUCCUUUGCUCUGUUUCUUUUAGUAUGAACUAGAGGUCAAAGUGAGGACAAGCAUUUAUCUCUACCAAUUACCCAAAUUAUUGGGCCAAUCUUUUCAGACAACUAGAAGAGCAAAAUAAAUGUUUUUUUUCUGAACGACCAGAAUGUUUACUUUGUAUAUUUUUGAUAUAUUUAUAGUAUAUUUUUAUUGUGUUAAAUGCAUGUCUCAUUUUUGUUUUCAAUGCUCAAGGAUAUAGGAAAUAUUUUCACUGUAUUGCUCAGAGUCAGUGCCUGUUUCUCAUUGACUGUAAGGGAGAGCGGGGCACAACCUAACACUUUUUUGCAAUCAUGUACAUCCAUUGGACAUAGUUAUCCUUAUUAUAUUGUUUUAUCUUAAUUUCAACGAUUCUAAUUGGUAUGCUGCAAAUGAAAACUCAAUGUCUGUUCUAGUAACCCUACAGGUUUUCUAAAUCGUCACUGAAAGUAGCAGCAGAGACAUUUGACAACUUGCCCCACAGGUGCUGUAAAUUGCUUAGCAAAUCUCUAUGGAUUUCAGUGGGAGCUGUCUGAAAAUGUGCACUGUAUUUUCAUUUGACAAAAUCUCAAAAUGUCUGGAGGUACACACUCCUUAACUCUAAGAAACUCUGUAAAAUGUCUGUGCUUGAAAUAACCUCCGUGUUAGGACAUGCCCCACGUUCCACAACCUAUAAAUGUCUGUCAAGUUAGAUUGUAACACCACUGCCCAACAUAAAUCUUUGCUGUUCUGGACUUCAAAUCAUUCCAUGUUAUGAAGAGAUUACAGAGAAGCUUUAAUAUGUCAUGUACCUUAUCUUGGAGCUGAUGUCAGGUGCAUUUUUUUAUAUAUUGCAGAAAACAGAGCUUAUGUAUGAUUUUGAUUACUUAUGCUUCAUACUGCGUUGUCCUCCAAGUUAUUGUUUUUAGAACCACGUUCAACCAAAGAAGGAGCUCAACUAAAGUUACUCUGAGUGUUAUAAGGUUUGUCAUUUACCUGGAGGGUUACAUAUUUUUUUGUGGUUGAUUUUUAGGUAUCAAAACAAUUGUUAGCAUUUUAAAACGUAUGUAGAAACCUCCUGACAACGUUAAGCGGUACUGUAGCUGCAGUAGAAACAUUAUAACUAAUUUAUGACUUAAUGUAAUGCUUUACUUCAUCACAACUACUUUCCCCUGUCAUUUUCUCCCAGUCAAUAAAUCCAAAUUAGUAAACUACAUCCUUCUGGAGCAAAUCAAGUUAAGUCUAUUUUCCUGUACAGUAGAUGCAGGCUGCUAUCAUCCUUCUUGUAUCUUAGGUUGAAAAACUAUGCUGUUAUUACCCAUAACAUAAUCACUGACAGAAGAAGUGGAUAACACUGGACUCUGUUACUGUGUCUUUUGUUUGUGGGAAGGAUAUACUAGGUAGCAAGAGUGCAUUUUCUCCCCAAGGAUAAUAUGCUAGAAGAAAACGGGUUGUCAUGGUGGGAAGCAGAUUUGACGAGAGCCAACUUGUGAUGCACGAUCAUCUUCAACAUUAUUUCUUUUGCGGGGCAUGCCAGCCUGCGGGGGGCGGCUGUGGCUGUGUGGCAGAGUUGUCGUCUUGCAAUUGGAAGGUUGUACGUUCGAUUCCAGCUUCCUCCUGCCAUAUGUCGAUGUGCCUCUGGGCAAGGCACUUAACCCCAAAUUGCUUACUGGUCUGCGUAUCGGCAUAUGAAUGUGUGUGUGAAUGGGUGAAUGUGACUCUAGUGUAAAGCGCUUUGAGUGGUCAAAAAUGACUGGAAAAGUGCUCUAUAAGUUCAGUCCAUUUACCAUUUAGUAUCUAACAAUGAGGAUUCACGGAAGGGACAAUGGUUGACUAGUCCUUGUGUUGGAUAAGUGUGAUAAGUGUGCUGUGUGGCCUAAUGCAACAGUUGAGCAGCUGUAGCUCAAAUUGAAGAAGUUAAUACUGGUGCAUGUGCAUUGUUCACAAUUGAAAACAAGUGGAAUCGAGAUUUUCUGUGAGAACUAGCAAGCCGAUGGAGUCUAUGUGAUACAAACAGUGUAUCCAGCAAACUAAAGAAAUAACAUUAGGGACAUGGUGGAUUGCUUCCUGUCCUGUAUGAUGUGCAUAGUGGCCUGCCUCUUAUGCAUAAGAACUAAAUCUGCACCCAGACUGAAUACAUUUUGUGUCGCUCCAUUGUGUGUACUCUUAUGAAAAGGUGCAGGGAUUAGAUUUAUAUUUUUGGUGCUUGUCAAUCAAGGAGUUUUGGUAGCAUCUUCUUAAAUAUGUAGCUGCUUCAGCUGCAAGAUGUUAUCCCUGUAGUCUGGUCUUCUAUCAUAAGUACAGAGUGAAAGUUUACCAGAAAGAAUUAAAGCAACCUGGUCUGUACAUUUGUGUAAGCACCUUAGAAGGAUAUACCGGUAACAUUGCUGAUACACAACACACCUUUAGGAAUCUGGUGGAAAAGUCAGGGCUGUUUCAACAGCAAAAUGGAGAAAACACUCUUAUGCCUGAUUGUUGUAUGUAGGCCUAUCUCAGUUGCUUAGCAUCCUGUUAGCUCAGCUGUUGUAUAAAUUUAUUAUGCAUAAAUUCAGCAAUGUUUACAGGGUUGCCAUUUCCUGUUCCUCCUUAACGUGUAUUAUUCUGGUUUUGUAGAACUGCUAACCCUGUAAAGUUGUAGCAUCCCCUAAAAUGAAUAACAUUUAAGUAUUAAACUGACUUAACUGUACUCCAAUACUCACUUGGGUCGCAAUCCAUUUUAAGAGAGUGCUAUAUAUACAAUAUAUAUAUCUAUGAGUCCUUAUGACUCGACACAAAAUUUAUGACAGGAAACAGUAUAGUGAUAUAUCUCAUAUACAGUUGGAUGUUAGAUAUUCAUUCUUUCUCCCAAAAGUUCAGUGUGCUGAAUACUGUCCAAAUAAAAGCACAACAGCCACAACAUGCUGCCAGCCCAGUGGAUGCAACGAGAUUCAUAGUUAGAGUUUUUGCUCAGCUGAGUGUAUUAUAAUGCUCCAAGGAAACGUCUGAGUGCUCCUCUCACUGACAUAUCGUUCCAUCAAGCUUGAUGUGUGGAGUGCAUUCAUAUCUGUGCAUGUGUGUGUUUGGGAGAGACGAGAGAAAUGGAAAGCUUCUACACACACAUAAGCCGAGUGUUGAGCUUUUAGAGACAACGUUGUAGCUAGUCCUGUUAACUGCUAGCUCAGAUGACAAGGGCGGUCAGUGUGUUACAGCCUGUAUAUGUAUACUAUAUGCAAAUAGUACAUCAAAUAUGGGAUGCUGAAAGAAUGCCCUGUUGCACAGGAGAUGUGCUUCACAAAGGAUGUGUUGGCUUAUGGGAUAAGCUAUAAUGUCUGCCAAGGCCUUUAUUGCAGGAAGCACGGAAAAUUUCUUAGGAUGCAGUACAGCUGAUAAAGGAUGUAAAAUAAACACAGCCUACAACCAAGUUCCUUUUCUUUAAAUUUAUUUAUUUUUUUAUUUUUUUUUUACAGUGGUUUAUGCUUCUCCUCCAAACUCUCUGUUAUUGAACAUCUAUGUCACUUUAAGCUUGGCCUUGGGCUCUGUUCUUUCAGUCCUUGUCACCAAACACACAACUGAAGUGACACACUGCCGAGACAAAACUGUUCUCCUGGAGAAUCCAACAGGAAUCAAAGAAAUGAAUGUGAACUGCUUUAAACUCCUCCAACUCGUGGAUAUUUACACACAAAAACCCACACCGACCGUUUGAACAUAUAGCUUGUGUACUAAUGUGUACAUACACUGCCUGUGGAAAAUGAUUUUAAUGGACAUGCCUGAGGAUGGAAAACCUACCUGUGGCUUUAUUUAGCCUAAAGGCCACAAAGGACAAAAAACUACAGAUGAUUGCACUUGUGUAGACAUGCUAAUUCAUCUAAAGUUUCCAGCUGCUUUAAAUGAUGUCUUUUGUCUUAAAAUGCAUAAAGCUACUGCUAUGUAUAGACUUCCAUGUGUUUCAAAACUGAGAUAUGUGCUGCUAACCUAAUCACUAUAUGUAUAUAUAUUUGUAUUUGUAUCAUUUAAUGACGUUCAUUUUUCAUCUAAUGAAAAAUGAACAUGUUCACUAUUGCUUUUUGUUGAAUGUCAUUAAAUCAAAUGCAGUGAAUGAGGUUUGUUGAAGAUACACACACAGGCCUUGCUUAAAUACUGUGUCUUAAUAUGUCUACUUUCUAUACCUUGAGCCAAUUGUGUGUCAUUCAUAAAGCUUAACUUUAUGAAUGGCAUAAAGUUAAGUUUCUGUGUAACUGCUGUCUUUCACUUCUGUGCUAAAAAGCCUUUGAAACAAACUGUAUGUUGUGUAAAGAAGAAUUAUGUGUCGGAAUGCUACCCAUGCUCUAUACAUGGAUUUGUGAUGGACAUAAAUAAGGCAGUCAGGAAAAUUUUCCAGUGUCAUUAUUUUAAAAGUAUUGUAUAACUGGAACAUGUAAUGGUCUAAAUUAUGAUGUCAGUAAAACGGAAAAAAAAAAGAAAAGAAAAAAACUUAUAUAUAAACAAAAGUUACUUUUGUG